GCGGCAGCGGAAGUGGGGCUGCGUCAUGUCCGGUUCCGCCCCGACCGCCUCGCGGACCGGGGCAGGCCGACCGUGGCUUCGCCGGCGCGUAGAGAUGCAGCUGCCGCCCGCGCUGCACGCCCGCCUCUUGGCGGGACCCGGGGCAACUGAGCCGCUUCCCGUGGAGCGGGACCCCUCGGCCGGGGCCGCCCCCUUCCGCUUUGCGGCGCGUCAGGUGCGCUUCCCGCGGGAGCACGAGUUCUUCGAGGACGGGGACGUGCAGCGACACCUCUACCUCCAGGACGUGCUCACGCAGGUGGCGGGGCCCCCUGAGAGGCCCAGGGUGCCCGAGUUCACCUGUCAGGUGGCGGGCUGCUGCCAGGUGUUCGACGUCCUGGAGGCCUACGAGCACCACUACCAUGCUCUGCACAGAAAUGUGUGCUCCUUUUGCAAGCGGGCCUUCCCCUCGGGACACCUGCUGGACAUCCACAUCCUGGAGUGGCAUGACUCCUUGUUCCAGAUCCUGGCCGAGAGGCAGGACAUGUAUCAGUGCUUGGUGGAAGGCUGCACAGAGAAGUUCAAGACCAGCAAAGACAGGAAGGAUCACCUGGUGAGACGUCACCUCUACCCUGCAGACUUCCGCUUUGAUAAACCAAAGAAAAGCAGGGGCCCAGGCCCACCCGCUGCCCUGCAGGAGCCGGCAGGAGCCUUGGGGGAGGGCGGCUUGCCUUUGGAAGGGGAAGACAUGGAAGUCUGCUCUGAACACACGGCGCCCCCCGCAGAACCCAGGGGUGAGAGGCGGACCCACGGCCACAGGAUCCCUUCGACCGUCUGUUUUGGGCAAGGUGCAGCACGAGGAUUUAAAAGCACCAAGAAAAGAAAUAAACAGCAGUGACGACCGAGACACAAACCCGCAGGCCUGAGAGCAGCCC